AACUUACCGUAGCUGAACUACUAAAAAAGAUGAUUAGAACGUAAUGGAAUGUAACUGAACCUUUUUUAUGUUGCUCGAGUAUGUUGUAAUGCAUCUUUAAAGCAUUAUUAGUUUUCUAUUACAUGACGUAAUGUAUAUAUAUAUCAAUAGAAAUAAACGAUAAACGCACGAUAAAAAUGGCUGUAAAACCUUUCAAUUCUACGGACUCACCAUUUUCAAAAUCGUUAAAAGGAAAGAAUUUGACGGGAACUGUUCGUCAUUUACGAGAUUUAGCAGCUGAUGUUCAUGGAAUUAUUCAGAAAUGGAAUGAUAGUACUCUUGAAGGAAUUAAUAUUUUAAAAUCUAUAAUACAAGAAAAAUCCAAUAAAAAUUAUACCGUUCAAUUACAAAAUUACUGUGAUAACCUAGAAGAAAUUUGUCAUACUUUGAGUAAUCUAGUAAAAACCUUGGAACAAAUAGUACAUCAGAUAAACAUUCUAACAAUAUUGGAUAAAACUACAACAAAAUUAUUUACAACUUGGCCAAUAUCAGCAUUUGGAAGUACAGUGGAAAUGAUAUAUACUACUUAUAGUAAUGAAAUGCAUAUAAAAUACAAAGUUCUUGAAAAUAUUGCUCAUUGUCACACAGAGCCACAACAGAUGUUAUAUCUUUCUACAUGGUUACAUCAACCAUUAUUAUCUAAAAAUAUAACAAUAUUAUUAGAAGCAAUGCUUACAGAAACUGGGUAUAGAUAAUUAUAAAUAAUGUAUACAUGAUCAAUAUCUUCGCAUAAUUUUUAUAACACAAUCAAGAACGUGUUACUCAUAUAAAUAACUGAUACCUGAGAUCAUAACAAACGGAUAUAAGUAAAAUUAUAAAUUAAUGGAUAUGUUACUAACCUUUGCUAAUGCACUUAAACAAAGUGAAUCUAUCUUAACAAGGUGACUUCACAUCCUUAUUUUGAAAGUUUGACAAUAAAAUUAUUUUUUUCCUCAAAUAUUGCCAAAUAUAUAUCGAUCCAUUUUUUCAAAGAAUAUAAGUUAAAUAUGGUCUCGAAAAUAACUUUUAAAAUAAUGAUGUAAUGACAAAACACUUGAUAUAUAUAUAUAUAUAUAUACACACACAUACACACAUAUAUAUAUAUGAGGAAGAAGUAUGAAUCUUACACAUAAAUAUUUAAGCAUUUUUCUAUACCAUAGCAUUAGUUAGAAUCACACAUAAUUACAUGUACAUCUCACAACUUAUUGUAAAUAUUUUGCUUCGUAUUUUAAAAAAAUUUUAAAUACAUAUUUACAGAUAAAUACAUAGAGAAUUAUUUUAGCAAUAAUAGGAAAAAAGGAUAAAAUCUCCUUUGCUUGAAUG